CAUAUUUUCACUCUACUUCUUCCGUACUCAUUUUUGUCCGACAAUUUGUUUACAUGCUGUUUUCUGACUGAAAAAGUGUAUCACUGCCAUGGAGGACAUCCAAAUGGAGACCAGCUCGCCCACGGAGUCCAGCUCCGAGGUGAACUUCAAUGCGGACGAGGAGAAAUCCCAGGAAUCGCGAGCCGCUGCCGGCGUUUGCUACUGCGGGAAGGAGCGCAACCUGAACAUUGUGGAGCUGCUGUGUGUCACCUGUGCGCGCUGGGUGCACGAGACCUGCGUUUCCUACCAACUGGGCAAGGGCAAACUACUGCCAUUCAUCACCAACUAUGUUUUCGUCUGCAAGAACUGCUCCGCCAGCGGACUGGAGAGCUUCCGCAAGAGUCAGGCUACCAUAUCCCAGAUGUGUCACUGCGCCAUUGCCAACAUGCAGCAGGCGGCUGCCCGGGAAGGACGUCGCCAGAUCCAGUUCAGCAAGGACAAGGAGAUCAUCCCGUACAUCGAACAGUACUGGGAGGCCAUGACUACCAUGCCGCGCCGGCUCACCCAAUCGUGGUACAGCACCGUCCAGCGUUCUCUGGUCAAGGAUGUGCACACCCUGUUCACUUACGAGGAGCACUCGGAGCACGGCUCCAUGUACGGACUCUUCCACCAGGAUCUGCGGAUCAUUAAGCCCAACUACGAGAGCAUGAGCAAAAGCGGCGCCCUGCGACUCACCGACGAUGGAUAUACUCAAGCUGCCCUGUCCAAAAACAAUCGACAGAAGAAAUUCCCCGGCACGGAUUCAGGACCCACGGGCAAGAAGGGUCGACCCAGUUCCGAUAUCACGGCCAAUGUGAAGCUGCCGCCACAUGGCUAUCCCCUGGAGCACCCCUUCAACAAAGACGGAUAUCGCUAUAUACUUGCCGAACCAGAUCCACAUGCUCCGUUUCGCCAGGAGUUCGACGAGAGCUCCGACUGGGCUGGCAAACCGAUUCCCGGCUGGCUGUACCGCACCCUGGUGCCCCAUUCUGUGCUGCUGGCCCUGCACGAUCGGGCACCACAGCUAAAGAUUAGCGAGGAUCGGCUGGCUGUGACGGGAGAAAGGGGCUACUGCAUGGUCCGUGCCACGCACUCUGUGAACCGAGGAUGCUGGUACUACGAGAUCACCAUAGAGGAGAUGCCCGAGGGCGCUGCCACGCGACUGGGUUGGGGCAGGGAGUAUGGCAACCUGCAGGCUCCAUUGGGUUACGACAAAUUUGGUUACUCCUGGAGAUCUCGCAAGGGCACAAAGUUCACCGAGAGCCAUGGCAAGCACUACAGUGAGGCCUAUGUGGAGGGCGACACUGGGUUUUUGAUAGAACUGCCAGAGGAAACGGCGCUCGACUAUCUGCCCAACACAUUCAAAGAACAGCCCCUGGUGAAGUUCAAGUCGCAUCUGUACUACGAGGACAAGGACAAGAUCACAGAGACGCUCAAGAAUCUGCACAUCCUACAGGGUAGUCGCAUUGAGUUCUUCAAGAACGGCCAGUCGCAGGGCGUGGCAUUCGAGGAUAUAUACGCCGGAAGCUAUUUUCCGGCCAUUUCGAUCCACAAGAGUGCCACGGUGAGCGUGAACUUUGGACCCGCUUUCAAGUAUCCCGAGGUUCUAAGCGAACAAAAAGCCAAGGGGAUGCACGACCGCGUAGAGGAGCUGAUCACGGAGCAGUUUGCCGACACCCUCUACCUCACCGAACACGAUGGACGCCUGCGACUGGAUAACAUGGGACUCUAAUAGAAUAUGUCGAUAUGAAAGAGAACAUGGGUCUUGUAAGAAUUUUAAUUCGUAAAAACAAAAUAUGAA